GGAUGGCAGCGAAGGGGGCGGAGCUCGCGAGGGGAGUCAAUUGGUCCGCCGGAGCCCACCAAGGGAAAGGAGCUGGCAAGCGUGCAAACCUGCACCCUGCAGCCCCCAGUCAGGAGUCAGGAAGCAGCCACCAGGAAGCUCACAGGGCCUGCAGCGGGGCGAGGGGCGCUCGGGGCGUUGGCACAGGCACGCGCGCCUGCGUCGCCGUCUUGGAUGCGGCGAGGACGACUCAGUGUCGCGACCUGAGCCAUUCAACAGCUGGCCUCGCCCGCAGCAGUCGCAGACAGAGACUAGGAGGGUUGAUCGUUGACGUUGCGGCGGCUGGAAGAAGGCGGCGACAGGAACAGUGGCGGUUCCGCUACCCCAGCGGAGCCAAGCGUGAAGUGUCCCUUGCUUAGGAUGCCACAGCACAGUGCUCACCAUGAAGAGUUCCCGUGAAUCGUGACCUUUGUGAUAUUUUCUUCUUUGACACAUUUUCUGCAUAAGGUGGUGUGAGGACACCAUGACAGUCACAGUGGUUUAUGAUAACUCUGAGGCAACAGAGCUCUGUGCUGCUCAGCACCUCUACCUCAAGCCUAUAGCAAAAUUAAUGAUCAACGUGUUGCUCCCAGAAUGUAUAGAACCUGUGAGGCCCUUCUCUAACUGGGAAGUUCUUGACCAACUGAAAAGUCUGAUUUGCCCUGACCAGUUCACCACAGUGCGGCUCUCCAAGAGUACAAAAGACUUCAUCCGAUUUGAGGGUGAGGCUGAAACACGAAGUUUGGUUCAGAUCCUGAAAGCCAAGUUACAUGGGAAGAUCAUCAAGCUAAAUGGUUUGAAAACUGACUUAAAAGUAGUAGCGACAGAUGCCCAGGGAGAGUGGGAACAAUUCCCCAAAGAGAAAGAGGCCUCCGUGACUGAGGGAGCUGAAGAGCAAGACCAUGAUAAGAGCCCUGAUUCUAUCUAUUUUGAAGGCUUGCCCUGUAAGUGGUUUGCACCGAAAGGUUCCAGUGGAGAGAAGCCCUGUGAAGAGAUCCUUCGAGUAGUCUUUGAGAGUUUCGGGAAGAUCAAGAAUGUGGAUAUCCCGAUGCUUGACCCCUACAGAGAAGUGAUGACAGGUGGGAGCUUUGGGGGUUUUAACUUUGGCUUGCAAACAUUUGAAGCCUUUAUACAAUACCAGGAGUCAACUGACUUUAUAAAAGCCAUGGAAUCCCUCCGAGGAAUGAAGCUGAUGCUUAAAGGAGACGAUGGCAAAGCUCUGGCAUGUAAUAUUAAGGUUAUGUUUGAUACAACCAAACAUUUCAGCGAAGGAGCUAUACAGAGGAGGAAUCAGGAAAGGCUAAAAUUACAGGAACUGGAGGAAGAGAGAAAAAAAGAAAAGAAGAGAGAAGAGGAAGUAGCUGAAAGAAAAAGAAAAGAUGAAGUAAGGAAAGCCCAAGAAAAGAGAAAGAAGGCCAGAGACAGGAGGCGAGCUCUUAAGGAAAGAGACAGACAUCGUCAGAGAAAGGAAAAAGCGAAAACCAAGACUGAGGCUCGGCAGGAGCUGGACUCUUCCGCAGAGUGGGAGGAGCGGAAGUACUUGCUGGCUCGGAGGCGGGUUGAAGCUCUUCGGUUGCUCCGGGUACUCCUGAAGAAAAUUGCAGUUUGGAUGAGAAAGGAAAAGAACCUCGAGCCUUGUCAAACCCACAUUAGCCUUCUCCUGAACUGUCUGGGAUCCACACAGAGUAACCCACAGGAAGUUGAUGUUAUGAAGUCCGAAGCUCAUCAUACCCCAGGGACUGCAGUGAAAUCACCAGAGGAAGACAAAUUAAACACUCCGCAUCUUCGAGAUUGGGAAGAAAUGCCAAGCUAUCAGGCUUCCAAGUCUGACAGUAAACAAAAACAAAAAGCGAAGAAAAAAACUAAGGCUCAGUUACAGAAGUCCUCACACACUCCUGGCGUAAAACAAAUAAGACACUCAGCUAGAAAAGAAGAGACUGGAAAAGUGUUAACUGAUGGGUGUGAUUAUAGUUUGGUCUCUGACCAGAAUUCCUUGCAGAGUACAAUGGUUCCAGAUCAAUCCCUUGCAAAGGAAGACCACGGCAGUUCUAAUGAAUCCCAUUUUUCUAGACAAGCUGUGAUAAACCGUGGCAGGAAACAGAAGAUCUAUGAAACCGAUGAGUUUAUUGACUAUCUAUUGAACUAUUAUCAGACACCAGAAUAUGCCCGAUUCUGUCUUGAAGCAAGUAACCUCACAAGCACAAGUCAGUGGCAGAGAGAUGUCUACACUAAGGGGGAUGGGUUUCAGAUCUAUUUAAGGAAACAGGGGAGCCACUCAAACAGUCUGAGUGAAGCAGAGAGCCUGCAAGGGAAAGAACAGGGUGAAGAGCAGGACUGGCCCGAGGCCUACAUGAAGGAGCCUGAGGGAAAGUCAGAAAAGACAGGCAAGAUCAACUAUGCCAAAGAAUUUACAAAGAAAUUGAAAAACCAUUUCAAGGACAUGGCAAGGGAAACUGAUGAGCAGCUGUCUCCCACUGAUGGAGAGAGCUAUCCCGUGGAACAGGUCCACGGUCAUGGAGACCAAGAUUCUCAACACAUGAGCAAAAGCCCAGUUUCCUCCUCAUUAAAGUCAGGAGAUGUAGGUUUGCCAUUGGCAGACUUCUUGGAGGAAAUUAGUAGCGAUUCUGAGUGCUUCAGUGAAACUCUGAGCAUGAACGAAAAGGAGGAGGAAAGGUCUGUGGCUGUCUAUGAUAGCUCCCAGGACAAAAGACCUCUUGGUACUGACAAAGUCAGUACCUGCAAACAGAAACCUAGGUCAAGUCAGCAGACCUUGUGUUCAGAGUGGAAACAUGACAGUGAGGAAAAAUACUCUAAACACAGGGUUAGGGCACCAGGUAAAAGGUCCAAGUAUGAACUGAGAGAUUCAUGGCUUGAGGAUGAAUGUGAUUCCAUUCGAGUUGACAAGAACAUAAGCAAAACUAGGGGGAAACUAGCCCCCAAAUAUAUGCUUGAUGAAGGCUACUACCAUGAGUCCAGUUCCAGUGAUGAAUUAGAAAACACCACGAGGAAGAGGAGGAGACUUACUAGCAGUAUGUUUGACCAGAAUGUGAAAUACAGGCCCCUUCCUAUGCCAUUAAUGCCGCCAAAACGUGCUAAAGCAUUCUAUUUGGGAUAUUUCUCCAGGAAAAGGCAGAAUCCAUGGAAGUCAGAAUAUAACCAGGAUGGAAGAAGGUUUAAAAGAUAUGAAAAUUCUGAAGAUUACAUGCUUGAUUCUGAUAAUUACUAUGUCAAUCCUGAUGACAACCAGGAGCACAUUGAGAAUGGAAGCUACGCAGGAGACAGCUACUCUGGCUCUCUGUAUUUUAAAAUGUUCUGAUGGCCACUUUGAUCAGGAACACCCUUAUUUACAAGAAACAGUUGAUGAAAAGACAAACUUCAAACCAAAUAUAGCUAUGUUAUUAGCAACCACAGUGCAAGAACUAGAAGAGGGUCAAGUGCAAAAGCUUGUUCCUCUUGCCAAAGUUGAAACUGUGGAUCAAGAGUAACUGCAGGUAUGUCGACAAGCUUUGGAAAUAGAAAACCUGUAGAUUCUAAAGCUUGGUGAAACAACGUAAUUGCAAAACUUCUUGAUCCAAGGACAGAUUUUACUUUAAGCUUUAAUUUGGUGCCAGUAAAGGAGCAGAUUAGCAUUAAGAUGGCUGACUUAGCCUUCGAUGGCUCUUUUGCUGUCAUAACAUCAUACAUCAUCUCUCUUCAAAGAGGACACUAGUGGACAAAUAGGCAUCUUUUGAUGUGUUCAUAGAUUGGAUCAAAAGCACUAUGUAUGGCAACAAACUUUGCUAAAUUUUACUUCAUAAUAGUUCUAGAUAAAGAAGAGAUCAAGAGGUUAGAACAUAUAAUUUUAUGACUAGAAUUUCAUGAAGACUCACUAGAAGGAAAUGAAUAUAUUCAUAAUACUCAAAGAGUCAUUCAUUUACACACAGUCCCAGAAGAAGAAUCUAAAAGGGGCUGAUUGCUGGGACUGUUAGAAGUUUUCUUGUUUGUUUUAUGGACCCCAUAUCUUUCUAUCAAAGCACCAGGAUUGAAUUUAUAAAAUCAGGGGGAUUUGCAAAGGAAAUAUCAAAACAUCCUGGCACAUCAAUAAUGGCACUUGGGAAGAAAAGUUGUGACAGUAUUCUGUUUCAGGCUAUGUAAUCCUUUCACUCAGGGUUGGGUGACAUCAGUUUGUAAAAAGUCACUGACUAUCCCCCAAACUGACUUUUAUAGACCAGUAACAAGUGCCUCCUCAGUCCUUAACAAUGCCAUGGCGUUAGGAAGACUUAAAGGAAAAGUCCACAGGUUUCUAGCUGUGGAACAAUAGUUUGUGUGCGGAAUUUGUAAACGAUGUUAAAUAAGUGAUUUAUCUUUUUUGCUGACUUGUUUUGGACUUCUUAAAUGUGUUUUUAAAUUGACAUCUUUGUAGAUUCCUGAAGACUCACCCCUUAGCACAGUGCAUGUUCUGUAGAAAGCUUGGCCAACUCUUUCUGCCUUACUUUGGAUUCAGGACCUCAGGGCAGUUAGUUGACCUUCAUUUUCCCAACAAAGCUAUACCCGACCUGGCAAUUGACCAUUAGCGAAAUUAGAGAUCAUCUGCAACAGGAAUAGUUGUUUAGAAUCUGCAGAAUCGGCGAAGGGUAGCAUUUUCAUGGCAAUUUCAAUUCAGUCUCAAUUUGACAUUCUGCAGCAAAGCAUCUGCUAGCAGAGGCAGGUAGGAUGCCAGUCUGUGGGGUUCCUUUCUAUCGUGUCACACACUCUGUGCCCCUAAACUGCCUCUUGAGCAGCCGGGUAUCUGCAGUGCUUAGGACUAUGAUUUACCUGACGUAAAAGCCACAGGUUGUUUCAUUGAUCUGCAUAAUUCCUAUUUGAAGAGAGAUUGUUCAAGCACUUCAAAGUUCAGAAAGGACUGUAAAAGAUCCCUGGGUAUUACUAAGAAAGAAACAAUCUCACUCUGAAGCCAGCAGUUGGUUUCACUAUUAAAACUGAGUUUGACUUAUUGAAUCUGAAAGAUUGCUCAUGUAGUGAGAGUGCCUUUUUUGUUUUGUUUUUGAGGACUAGCAAUGAUUAUUCAUGUUCAAAGUAAUGUUGCCCAAAGUAGCCUUUGAAAGCACUAACAGCUCAUAUCUUGUCAGAGUUUUCUAGCAACACAUUACUCUCCUCCAAUAAAAAUGCCUCCUUUCCCUCCCCCACAUGUUAUUCUAUUGAAACAAAAAACAUGGGUUUGUAAUAGAAAGCAGCUGACUGUUUUGAAAAAAAAAAAAACAACAAAAAAAAAACCCCACUCAGCUUCUUCCCUCCUUUGAUAAUGUUUCUUGAGAGAUUUUAGACAUUUUUGCUCAGUAAGAAAAGACAAUAAAAUUGCAGAUUUCAGCAGCAUGUGCACAGGUUUGUGUUUUCUCCCUGUAAUAGAGGUGGUGGUGUUAAGUCGUUUUGAUUCCUCACCUUUGCACUGUUUGAUUUCUUUGCUAAAUGCUCUCCUGGGGCAUCCAAGUAAAAAUACUGCUUUUGAUGAACCCUGGAGUUGUGUACCCGUCUGUAGUAAUGCACUGUAGAUCCGUGUCAACCCCCUUUUUUGGUGUAGGCCUUACACAAGAAAGGUAAUAGCUUACUCUGUGUUUGUCACUCCGCGGCUUAGUAAAGAAUGUAAUGGAACAAACUGUUAUGACUACUUUUGUUCUUGAUACAGUUGUUAUUUAAGUUAUGAAGUAUGUUUCCUCAUAUGUUCUUUUUGUCUCAUCAAACAAGGGCCUAAACUUGUUUUAUUUAGAGAGGGGUUCUGUAUGCUCCCUUGUAUGUGCUGCUAAUUCUGUAAAGGAAAAGUCUGCUAAGUGCUUUGUUCAUUUGUUUGAAUUUCUCAGGUAGAAGGCUAUGUAACCUAGGCAUUUUGAAAACACAACCAAAUCAAUGUGUUUUUGUUGCAAACCUGUUCGAUGUGUUUACUUUAAAAUAAAUGCUGAUUGAUUCCACUUUGGGAGGAUGUUUCUAUCUGUAGUAGAGUAUGUUACACUAAUGUUGCUCUUUUUGGCUUAUUUGCAUUGUUAAUGAUGUGUAUUUAAUUUUCAUAUAUU